AUGUCGACUCCGUGCAGCUUCAAGAAUCAGAUCACCGGUGAGGUAUGCAUCCCGUCGUCGUGGCACAAGGAGACCACACGCGAGACCGUCGCAUGCCAGACCAGCGACCUCCGCACACGCGAGGCGGAGACGCAGACAAUCAUCAGCGCGCUACAGGUGGUAAACCGCUUCGACAAGCAGGUGGGCCACGAGAAGAAGCAGAUCCAGGCCACCCUCGACGGUCUCCAGUACGUGUACAGUGGGGUGACAUUUGACGAGGGAAAAUUGGCCGCCUUCUUGGAGGGGGCGAAGGAUGACGUACUAUCGAUGCUGUACCGCAACACAAAGAGCAGUGCCUUCGACAACUAUGAACCUAACUGGUCGCGGAAGAGCACAAAUAUCGUACCUGUUGCCACGUUAAGCUCCGCGUAUGCGGUGGAGGGCGAAUUGCACGCACUGGCCGUAAGUUGGAACGCCAACGGCACACUCCUUGCAGUCGCUUACGGCCGCAUCGACACGGCGGGGUGGUGUCACAAUUCCGGAGUGGUGGGCAUCUGGAACAUGUCGCGCCAUGAUCUAGACAUGAAUGCCCCGCACCAUACCUUCGAGACAGACUCAUUUGCUACCUGUGUGGCGUUUCACCCCACGCACGCGGCUGUCCUUGCGGUUGGCUUGUACAGCGGUGAAGUGAUUGUGUACUCCAAGGUGACAGACGACACCCCGAUGGUGGUCUCCUCGGACGGUGCGCCGGUGUCGCAUAGAGAGCCCGUCACGUCCCUUCAGUGGACGCAGAGUCUGCAGGAGACGCGAGAAUCCCACCGCUUCAUUCUCUGCUCCGCCGCACAGGACGGACGGGUACUCUUCUGGACGCAAACGAACAAACUGGCGCAGCCUGUCGCCAUCUUCUCGGUGGAGGAUAAGAAGGGCGCCCCCGCUGGUGUUCAGGCCGCCAGCUUCGCGAGGUCCGGCGGCAGUGGUGGGGCGAGUGCGCCGUCGGGCGACAGCGUGCUGAUUAUCGGGCUCGAAAACGGAGACGUUGGCCGAGCACGUCCUGGUGUGAUGAGUGUGUUGGCGCCGCGCAACACGGAGACGAUUGCGUCGCUCGACGUGGAUUGGCUUGACGGCCACAGGGGGCCGGUGCAGAGCGUUGACGCGUCUCCGUUCUUCUCCAACUUGUGCCUUACCUGCUCCUCAGAUGGUGGAGCUCACCUGUACAAUCUUCUGGAGCGUGCCCCGUUAGCGACGCUGGAGCCCUCAGCGGAGACCAAGCACUUCAUUUACGCAGCAUGUUUCAGUCCUUUCCGCCCGAGUGUAGUUGCAUUGGUGUCGCGUAGCUCAUUUCUGCACAUUUAUGACCUUCAAAAAACGCAACUGAAGCCCAUCGCAUCGCUAGAGGCGGGGGUUGACGGAGCCCCGGUGCUUUGCGUGGCAUUCAACCAUAUAUCGCCUGAUUGGAUUGCCACCGGUGACAUGCGCGGCUGCGUGCGUCUUUGGCGGCUUCCGUCUUCACUCAUUCAAACGACAGAUUUAGAGCGUGCUGCUGUGCGGGCGAGUCGCGGUCACGGCAGAAACGACAACAAUGACGCCGUGCGAUCCCUAUUUGGUUUUUCCCUGUGA